UCCAAAGUUCAGUUAGAAAGUGAAAUAUUCUGAAAGUUAGUGAAGAUUUUAUCAUCAAGUUUCAUGGGCCUUCCACUCCAUCCUAUUAUCCAGCUCCUCAUGCUUCCCCUCUGGGUACAAGGAUCAGGUUAUCUACAUAGGAUAAAACACAAUAAUAAUGAGACAGCUGUAUUGGGAGAAAAUGUGACAAUUUUCUGCAAUUUAACAACUCCAGCAGAUGUUAUGCAAAUUACCUGGCAGAAGAUCCAAGAUUCUUUGCCGCAAAAUAUUGGCACAUAUAGCAGUAAAUAUGGAGAAAAGAUUCUUCCCCCAUAUACAGAUCGGCUGCACUGUGAGGCCAUUGAACCCAAUUCCUCCUUCAUUACUAUCCGUGAAGUGACAUUUGAAGAUGAAGCCUGCUACAAAUGUCUAUUCAAUGUAUUCCCACAUGGAAGCCACGGAGGACAAAUCUGCCUUAACAUUAUAACUGUAUCUGAAUUAAGAACUGAACUGCAGUCCAAUCUUGACUCUGAAGAUUUUCUUAGAUUUACUUACUCAGCUGUGGGAAAACCUGCUCCUCAAAUAUCUCUGUUCCCAUUACAAAUCUUGAUGAAUCCACCAGAGGAAUCCCUUGCUCUGAACCCCAAUGGCACAGUUACUAUCACUAAAAUGUACAACGUCUCCUUGGAGACUGUGAGGUCCUUAGGAAUCCAACACCUGAUUGUGCACAUGGAUCAUCCUCUAAGGAAUGAAGAGAAGAUCAUUCCUCUGUCAGUCAAACAAGAAUGUACUGCUGGUUUUUCUUAUAAUUGGCUGCCUAAAGUUGGUGCAUUCAUCACUGUUCUAUGUAGUUCAUUUAUCAUCAUCUGUAUUGUUCAGAGAAAGAAAAAGUUUGAGAAUGGGAGUGAAACCACAUGUCAGCUGAAACAGCCUGACAUGGGCGCACUAAUGGACCACACACCCUAAUGGACACAGAUCCGAGGACUCUGGAACUUGUCAGAAAAAGAAGAAUCCUCAUCCUCAAUGCAAAUGGAAGAAGAAGAUUUUUCUCUCACAGGAAAGAAAAAACCCAGUCACAUCCUGAAAGGAGAGCUCAUUCCAACAUUGAUGGUUUAAAUAUAUACUUUGUUUCUGAAUAAAAGUAAAUAUACAUUUA